CUCUUUCCUUUCCUUCUGGUGAAAUGGCUUGAGAUUUUUUUUUGGAGAGAGGCUGGUGUUUUAAACUCGGGGCAAUGCGGUCGGUUUGAAAUGGUCAGAUGUCAGGCGAGCAGGAAAGGCAAAGGAGAGGUUAAAGCACCGUUUGCAGUUGGAUUGUCGCACAGCGUGAAAUCAGCAUCGUGUUUUUUUUGCCAUGAGGUUGUUUGGCUACAACAGCGUCCAAGCAGGAGACAACCUGAGCCAGGAUGCUGCUACCUCAACCCUAUGGAACUGGAAUUACUGGAUCAAUUGCUUCACCCAAGAUAAAGUCUGUGUGUCCUUCACACUCUGGGUUUUAUCCUUGCUGUUUUUGGGCAUCUCUCACAGCAUAAUAUUUUAUUUGCAAUGCCAGCGAAGGCUUAGAAGAGAAGACUAUGUGUCUUGUGCCAUUUAUGCUUUCCUGGGGAAUGUGUGCAGUACGUUUGGGGCACUUCUAGCAAAACAACUGAACAUUCAGGUUUUUACAGGGGCGUACAUGGCAGCUGUGGACAUUUUUCGUUUUCUAUUAAUCCUCUUCCCCAUGUGCGGUUCAAGAUCCAGAUCAAAACCAGGGAAACCUCUGCGACAGCGAAAGAAAAGGAGAAGACGCACUUUGUUCGUUGCUUCGCUGCCUUUUAUUCUAGGCUUGAACUAUUACUGCUGGGCUGCUCCUGUGCCGGCUGAUGUUAGCGGGCUAAGAAGGAGGCUACUCACCACAAUACUUCAGGACAACACGGAAAUUAUUGGCUAUGCGCUGGGAGUGACUGCUGUUGCCAUUUGUUGGACGUCAAAGGUAUCUCAGAUAUUGUGGGCGUGCAAAGGAAAUGUGGAUUCCAGUCUCUGGAAAUGGGUGUGGAUCUUUUCAAUCCUGGGCAACGUUGUGUAUUCCGCAGCCAUUCUGUGUCAUGACAAGCACCUCGAUUUUAUCCUGCAAGCUCUGCCCUGGCUACUGGCCUCACUUGGUGCUGCAUCUAUGGACAUUACUUCGUUGUUUUUAUCAUGUCUGAUGAAAAAUAAAAGAGCCCGUCAGCAGUGGGGUGUGGAGGUUGUUAUGGAAUCUGAUACCAUCUCUCUGCUGGAAUCUCCUGGACAAGAUGAACAAGACCUAUUGGAAGAAGAGUUGAUGCCCAUGGGAUCCCAGAAUUCGGACUGGAUGCCACUCAAUAUCCCUCAAAACAACAGAUACUUGCGCAAAAUGGCAGAAAUAAGCCACUAUAUGGAUAUGAGUAUGAGUAUUGAACCAGUACAAGAGACUGAAUUUGGUGUUAAACGGUCACCUGGAGAUGGACAAAUCAGCACAGAAAGGGAGAGAAAAGGGGAUCAUGCGCUGUUUGCCCAAGAUCCCCCAACAUAUCCUCCGAAGCAAAUCAUCCAUGCGAAUGUGUCCUCGUGUAGCUCCUCGGAUGUAACAUCAAUUAACUCUGAACUGGAGCAAAAGUAUUUGGAAGCCCUUAACGCAGAACAGUGGGACUUUGAAGAUUUGCCUCAAGACUGGAAAGUGACAAGCAGGCAACAAGAAAAUAUCAUCGCCCGUAGCCCAGGCCGUCUGACUAUGUCACAGGUCACAGUUCAGCCUCCGGGCAGUUCAGUAUUCAGUAUGUACCCCUUGUCUGUUAUCUCUCCACCACCAGCAACUGACCUCUGGUUCUGCCAUGCUGACACCACGAUGAGCGAAGAGAAAGCCUCGGCAAUAUUGGCUGAAUAUGAAGAAGAGGUUAAAAGAAGUGGAAGAUGACGGGGGUUGGGGGGUGUGUUGGGAUGGGGUGGGAACAAACAUGAAUAUGGCAGUUUUUUUUAAAGACAAAUGUGAUGACUUGUGAAAAAUGUUUGCGUUAUUUAACACGAUUCAAUAAAGUACCACGUAACAAUGCAGCCAUGUGAUAUUUACUCCCAUUUAGAUUCAUUUAGAUUUUACAUUCAUUGUGAAUAAUUUCUUUUAAAGGAAGAAUCGUUUCCCGUCAGUAAUAUGUACACAGUGCAAUACUUAUUUACUUGAAAGAGCCCUCUUUGAAAUACACUUGCUUUUGACUUGCUUGGAUAUUGGGCAAUACAACUGAAAGCUGCAGUAUUCUGUGAAAUGUGUUCCUGAAUGUUUAUUUCCUUUAUAAUAUUUUAUCAAUUUUAUUCCACUUUUCUUUUGCAAUGUUAUAAAAGUUUCUUGUACUUUUAGUAAUGUGGUUGUUCGUUUGAGAUGUGACCUAUAGUAAGUGUAGUAUAGCUUGGAAAAAACAGGCAACUUUGGAUCUAAGGUUCACAAAGCUUUUCACUGUGUUGUGGACUAAUCUAUACAGAAUUAAUUGCUAUCAACAUCUCUAUUAUUGUAGCAUGUGACUCCCAGGAUAGUAGAAGACAAACAAUCUGGACCUUGGUCUUUUUUCAUCUAGCAAUUCCUAUGUUCCUAUGUUCAUGUUGCUGAACUGUUCUGAAAUCUGCUGACACUGAAUGACUUUGAAUACUGUACAGUACACUGAAUAAUCACUGCUGUUGCAUUCCAGUUAUAUCACUGGCUGUAAUUGUUCUAUUAUAAUGCUUUCUUUUGAGGGUUGUAAACAGGAUUGAUCAGAAAGAUGCAAGUCAUUUUAAUCCAUUGAAAACUACAAUGGCAAUUCUGUGUUAAAUAAUAAAGGGAUAUAACGUUUAA